AUGGCCACACCUGCUCCUGCCCACGAAUUUCGAAAGCUACGACUCGACACCAAGCACGCGAACUCGUCCCAAGACAGAUUCCCCUUCGCCGCUUCCUCAGACGCCGACCAUGUCGCCUCUUCUCAUUUUUCAGAGUCCGAGCUGCUCAACAAUCCGGCCCCUCCCGAUGAGAGCCAACACUCAACUCGCACCAGAGGCUCAUCCGUGAGCUUCAAAGAAUUUGCAACCCUCGACGACGGUCGCCUGCACUCGCUCGAUCAGNNCCCCUUGUCCUCAAGGCCACCUCAACCACGCCGCCGCAGCACUCGCGACUCGGCCAUGUCGGACGAAACUGCUUCUGCUCCGGCUGCGCCCGAAGACCCAGUCAGAAUCAAUCCUUUCACUGGAGAACCUGUCCGACGACGUACGAGGAAGAGUGAAGUUGCACCACGCCUGGAGACCAUCGACUCGCACGAUGCCACACACCUGCCUUCUUUGACCUCGGCCUCGACCGCUUCGCUGCUUAGCGAGCAGUUGAGAAGUCCAGAUACACCUGCAGGCUCAUACUUCAACAACUCGGCCGUCAUGACCCCUUCUCCUGCUGCCAGUCCCAGUAUGGGCAGUGAACCAUGGCCUAUGAUGUCGCGUAAGCCCACUCUGUCGCGCACUGCGAGUUUGCGUAACACCAGUCGCAGAUCUAGUAGGUUCUCUGGCUCGUCCAUGUCGCCAGCUGCCCAGUUUCUUAGUGGCUGGGGCAGCAACUCUCAAUCUGCCGAGCCUAAGCCCGAUGAUGAAGGUCAGUCGAUUGGUAUCAACAACGAGUAUGUCGUCGGUCGCCAAAUUGGCUCAGGAGGCUUCAGCGUUGUCAAGGAGGUCAUUGGUAUGGAUAAUGACGGCCACAGAACCAAGCGAGCUGUCAAGAUUGUGCGCAAGACCGUCUCCAAUGCGAGCGAGGCCGAGAAUGACAAGGCUCAACAAGCUGUCGACUACGAGAUCGGGAUCUGGCGCUAUCUGAACCAUCCUCACAUCUUGCAACUUCAUACCAGUUUCAUCACGGACUUUGCGACUUUCUGCAUUAUGGAUCUGGUCGAAAGCGGCUCGCUGUACGACCUUAUCAGCGAGCUUCGUAACAAUGGCCAGAUGGGCUUGAAACCUGACCUUGCAAAGACAUACUCUCAUCAGCUUGCCGCAGCAUUGAGAUACAUGCACUCAGAUGUCAGACUGGUUCAUCGCGAUGUCAAGCUCGAGAACUGCCUCAUCCAGAUAACACCACAAGAUGACUGCGGAAAUCUGAAGCUAUGCGAUUUUGGUCUGGCUAGUUUCGUUGACGGCGAUGCGUCUGGUAUGACAGACAGUAUCCGUUCACUGGACUCUGAUGAUAACAAGGAGCCUGCCGGCACCCUCGAGUACCUUGCUCCUGAAUUACUCUCUGGCUCUACUCGCAAGGAUUAUUCGGCAGAUAUCUGGGCAUUUGGCGUGUGUGUUUACACCAUGGUCACAGGCAAACGUCCAUUCCAGCACACCAUCCAAUUCAAAUUGGUCGAACUCAUUGAAGCAGGUGACUGGAACAAGGACUUGGUCAUGUCAUCUCCCGCCGGUCAGGUCGAUGCCGAGGACAUCUGUGAUCUGCUUCACGGUUGCCUGAACACCGACCCCGACUUGAGAUGGACCAUAGCUGAUGUCAUGGACUGCAAGUGGUUCACUGGUCUUGUAGAUGUGGCAGCCGAUCCAGAAUGGGAGCACGUCAACGCCACGCAGACAUAG